AUGGAUCCCGCGGCGGAGAUGGAUGCCGGCGAGCUGGACGCCCUGCUCCGCGCGGCGGCCGACUUCGCCUCCUACCCAGGAACGCAUGGUGAGGACACAGUGAGGCAGUUCCUGGAACAGUUCCCUCUGCCUAAGCUGCUAGGUGUAUUGCAGAGCCAGGCAGACGUACCUGAGACGGUUGAAACUGUUGCAGCGUGCUUGGACAAAGUAUUUUCGUCCAGAUAUGGCGCUUCACUUCUGCCGAGCUAUGGUGAAUUUAUCCAAGCUGGGUUGCUCACAAACUCAAAUAGUAUCAGACAAUUGGCCUGCAAAGCGAGUCCAGACCCUCACUUUCAAGUUCUAUACCAGGUGGUACAUCUUCUUGACAAGGCUGGAGAUAUUGCUGUUGCUGUGGACACAUUUGUACAGCACAAUCUGUACCCUCUUCUGAUCAACUGCUUGAUUGAGGGAGACGAAGAGAUCUCAGCAAUUGUUUUGGAUGCCAUAAAGCGUCUAGCAGAAAUUCCUACAGGGACUGAUAUCAUAUUUCCACCAGAUGGUCAAGGAUUGCAACUCAACAAAGUGGCAGCCCAGUCAUCCUCAAUGGCACGGAUUCGCAUUCUAUCUUUGAUAGCUAAGCUCUUUGCUGCAUCAAGUUGUACUGCUACUGCAAUUCGUGACUCAAACCUUCUCAGCUUAUUUGAGGAUGAGAUAAAAGAUAGAAAAGAUAUGCUCAAGACCCUGAGUGCACUAGAGGUCCUCUAUGAGCUUGCGGAGCACCCUCACAGCAAUAUGUUCUUGUUAAAGACCAGUUUGCUUCAACACAUAACUGAUGUGAUAAACGAUCCCUCAGCUGAUUCUAUUGUACGGUCAAGGGCAUCAUUGAUCAGUGGGAGGCUUCUUUCUUCAGCUGAUGCUUUUAUGACUAUAGAAAAAUCUUGUGUUACAAAUCUGCUCUUGGCCAUAGACAAAAUAUUGAGGACGGAGGAAGGUCAAAAUACUGAUGAAAUUGAGAGCGCAUUGGAGACCUUAGGACUAAUUGGUACAACAACUCAAGGAGCAUGCUUGUUGCUCUCUGAUCCACCAAAUAUUGCCAGACAUGUGGUAGAAAUGUCCUUUGAUAGGCAGGGCAGGGGUAAACAGCUGGCCGCUUUACAUGCCUUUGGAAGCAUAUGUGGUGUUGAUCGACAAGAAGACCAGAUGAAACUGGAUGAUCAUCAAGCAGAAGAGUGCCUGAAGCGCUUAGUCUACAGCGCCGCAUCAAACAGUCCAAAAUUAACUCCUUCAGCUCUUCUUCUAUCAAUUCUACAACAAGAUCCAGACGUUCGGAUUGCUGGUUAUAGAGUACUGUCAGGACUGGUUGUCCGAGAAUGGUGCCUAAGGGAAGUUUGCUCAAAGCCAGAGAUAAUCGGAAUUGUUACGGAUCCAAAAAUGGAGACAACAAAACUUGGCAUGGAGGCACGGUACGCUUGCUGUGUGGCAAUCAACAAGGCCUUGUCAUCGUCGCACCUUCUUCAUGAACCGAGCCUUUCUGAACUCAUUGGAAAGCUGAAUGAGGCGGUCAGAAGGGGUCCCUAUCUUUCCGAGAAGAGGCCGCGUGUGGAGGCACAGCCGGUGGUCGGUACCAUGGAGAGGUUUUAA